CUACAACUUCACAGUCAUCCUUACUCACCGUCGCAGACACACCUGGGUCUGCUGACUCCCACCAACAUCUCCCACGCCUACUGGAGCCAAUCUGCGGGACUCUGAAUUUUGUGUUGCUGUGGGAGGCAAUAUUGAAGGUGCGACGGUUGACCAGUGAAGUAGUUUUCCUCUACAGGCAGUGCUGGUAUCUUGGUUGGGGAACAUCUACGACGUCUAACACGAUAAUGUUUGGCAUCAUCCAGAAUCCGCCCGUGGUGUCUGCGUGGCUGAUGGGAGACGCACCAGCGGCCAAGAAGACUCUUGCUAAAUACAGCUGGACGUCACCAGUUGUGGCAGUGAAGGUCUUGGACAGUAUCUUGAGGGGCAUAUCACAGGUCGUGUUUGUAAACAAUCCGGUAUCUGGCUUCCUUAUCCUGGUGGGCCUUCUCCUGAGCGACGUCACCUACGGUCUGGGUGCUCUAGUGUGCGCCCUCACAGCUGUCGCCUUCGCAAAGCUCGUAGGCACACCAAAUAGUGCCAUUGAAGCCGGUCUGAGCAACUAUGACGCAGUGUUGGUGGGUGUGGUGACUCCGGUCCUCUACCCCCUCUACUUCCACCAGCCCCUCUCCCUGCCUGUGUGGGGAUACAUGGUAGUCGCCAGUAUCUUCAGUGUGUGCGCGUCUGGUGGCUUGGGGAAGCUGUUGGCUGUUCACCACCUUCCCGCCUUCACUCUGCCCUUCAACUUGGUUAUAACACUCACCUUUAUGAGCCUAAAGUCUGCCGGGUACGAGGCUGAAGCUCCUAGUGUGAACGCAACCCUGGAACACCUCGCUCAACCCAAUUGGGAGCAGGUGUGGCUGGGGACGCUGUUGUCUGCUGGACAAGUAUUCGGUGUCGAGGACGUGUUGUGUUCUACUCUGGUGAUGAUGGCGAUGUUUAUCUUUUCCCCUAUUCUGACUGUUGCCAGUUACACUGGUGCCACUGUAGCAACUUUCACGGCUGUGAUGGUGUCUUCAGCGCCAUACGCACAAAUGGAGGCAGGCGUGUGGGGCUACAACGGGUUCCUCUCGGCUGCUGCCGUCGCCUUCUUCAUGGUACCAACCCCAAGAACACUUCUGCUGGCCGUCGUAAACUCUGUCUUCACCGUUUUCCUCCAUGCUGCUCUGUCUGCUGCAUUCACGCUUCCAGUGUUCUCCCUACCCUUCUGUGUGAGUUCGCUCGUCUUCCUGUCGAUGGCAAUGUCGGUGGGUCCUGCUUCACUGAGGGUCUCCAGUCCCUCCUUUCCAGAGCUACACCUUAUCCUCAAUAGCAAGGAGUCUCGUAUCAACAAGAGAAAUGCAGAAGAAAUUAAAAUGACUAUCACGACAAUAUCUUAACCCAGAAUUGUUUGAACUGGAUUAUCUGGACGGUUUUUAUUCUGUGAAUAGGACGUUUGACAAACCUAAGUUGCCAACGAAAGUUUUGGGAGAAAAAAUCUACAGCGACAACUAUUGGGUGUUUUGAGCGGGAGACUAAACGCUUAGGCCUAGGCGGUAUAUCUGGUUGUCGGUGGGCAUGACCUGGCAAAACGCUGAUUACGAAGAAGUAAACGUACUGUGACCUGCAGACAGGAUUGUCUGAAGCCUUUUUAAAUGACGUACUACGGCUCUGGUAACGCUGACAGACUACUGCUCGGGUAGCGCUGUUGGCAAUGAUGGAGCCGUUUUUUUAAAUUGCGUAGACUGAUUUUUUUUUUUAUGCAUACUAUAAAAAAUACAUUGUUAUUACUAGAUUAAACAUAUAUAAAUGG